UGCACGUGCGGCUAGGCCGAAAGACGCGGCUGCGAGCUGGUUUUGGAGUCGCCAGGGACGUAGCUUGUCGCGUCUUUGGGUCUCAGAGUGCAGUCGCUGCUUUUCUUUGGGGUGACCGCCGCGCGGCUGUAGCAUGCCUCACAGAAAGAAAAAGCCCUUUAUUGAAAAGAAGAAAGCUGUGUCCUUUCAUCUGGUCCAUCGGAGUCAGCGUGAUCCUUUAGCAGCAGAUGAGACUGCUCCCCAAAGGGUUCUGUUGCCUACACAAAAGGUAAAUGAGGAAGAAAGGCGAGCAGAGCAGAGGAAGUAUGGUGUGUUCUUUGAUGAUGAUUAUGACUACCUGCAGCACCUGAGAGAACCAUCUGGGCCUUCAGAGCUUAUCCCAAGUACCUCCAGUGCAUCCAGCAAGAGAGAUGAAAAAGAAGAAACUUUAAUAAUUCCAAGUACUGGGAUUAAGUUGCCUUCAUCAGUGUUUGCAUCAGAGUUUGAGGAAGAUGUUGGAUUAUUAAAUAAAGCAGCUCCUGUCUCAGGACCUCGAUUGGAUUUUGAUCCUGACAUUGUUGCAGCUCUUGAUGAUGAUUUUGACUUUGACAAUCCAGAUAAUCUGCUUGAAGAUGAUUUUAUUCUUCAGGCCAAUAAGCCAGCAGAAGAGGAAGAGGAAAUGGAGAUACAGAAAUCUGAAGCUGAAGAUGGCAACGAGUGGGAAGACGUGGAUGAUGAGAAUGAGGGCGAUAGUGAUGAUGACUCUGCAGGCUCGUUAUCAGAUGAUAGAUCGGCCCCGGGAAAGUGUCUUGGGGUUACAGAAAAUCACUUGUUCUGGGAAGAGGAGACUAAAAGUCGCUUUACUGAGUAUUCUAUGACCUCCUCAGUCAUGAGGAGAAAUGAACAAUUAACCCUACAUGAUGAGAGAUUUGAGAAGUUUUAUGAGCAAUAUGAUGACGAUGAAAUUGGAGCUCUGGAUAAUGCUGAAUUGGAAGGUUCCAUUCAAGUAGACAGCAAUCGCUUAGAAGAAGUUUUGAAUGACUACUAUAAAGAGAAGAACGAGAAUUGUGUGAAGUUAAAUACUCUUGAGCCCUUUGAGGAUCAGGAGCCACCAAUGAAUGAACUUGAUGGGUCUGAGGAGGAAGAGAUUGUUACUGUAGUUCUUGAAGAGUCCAAAGAGAAGUGGGACUGUGAGUCCAUUUGUAGUACAUACUCAAACUUAUAUAACCAUCCACAACUCAUCAAAUAUCAACCAAAACCCAAACAAAUCCAGUUAUCUUCUAAAACAGGAAUACCUCUUAAUGUCUUACCUAAGAAAGGACUGACAGCAAAGCAAGUGGAACGGAUGCAGAUGAUCAAUGACAGUGAUCUGCCUAAGGUAUCUACCCAACCACGUCCUAAAAAUGAAAGCAAAGAAGAUAAAAGAGCAAGGAAGCAAGCUAUAAAGGAAGAGCGCAAGGAACGGAGAGUGGAGAAGAAAGCUAACAAAUUAGCCUUCAAACUGGAGAAAAGUAGGCAGGAAAAGGAGCUGUUGAACUUGAAGAAGAAUGUUGAGGGCCUAAAGCUAUGACAGUGGGACACUAGGGUGAGGCACAUUCCCGCUAGGGGCUCCUCAGUAAUCACGGUAAUGAAUGAGGGUCUUCAGAGAGACACGGUUGUUUGAUCUGCCAUUUUUUACUGGCAGAUGUUGAAAAGAAAGUAGUACAGUAUUUUUAUUUAUAGCAGUAAGUUUUCUCUGCUGUCUUGUAAAUAUUCAAUAUUUUAAAAUUUAAUUUUAUAAGCUUAGAUUUGCUGCUCUGUAAUAAGUGAUUUCAUGAAUAUGAAAUGUUUGGACACAUUAAAGGAAAAUAUCUUCAUAACCUAAAUGGAAUUGGUUUGUCUUUUAUUUAUAUGGUUGUCCCAGUUGUUUUCUGCAGAUGUUCUCAAAUAUUUCUUGGAAGUCUCUCCACUCCUUUUCAGGAAUUAAGUGACUUAAUUUGCUAUAUGAAGAAAAGUGGCACUCAUUUAAACUCAAUUUUGAAAUGCUGAGUGCUAAGAAGAGUUUUCCUGAGAAGUUUCCACUUGUAGGAAACUAAAUUUCCCCUUGCUCUGCACAGAGCUUUUUCAAAAUGAUGCUAGAACUGAAUAUUAAAGUUGUUGGGACUUGGUCACUGGAAGACUUACUUGUGGGAUUAAGAAACAGUGAAGGCAGGAAACAGAAGACAUAAUCAAGAAAAUUUCUUUGGCUCAGUUGUUAACUGGCUCAAAAUCAGAAAUAUUCAGUUUAAGCUAGAAAGCUU